GAUGUGCAUGAAAUACUUCAUAUAGUUGUCACAUUUAAAAUUUUCUCUAAUCCAAAAUAACACAAAAUAUAUCAAAAUAUGGAUUCAGGCAUGUCAUGGGCUGAUCAAUGGGACACCAACCCAGACCCUCCAAUAUCAUCAGAGAAAGACAAGAAAAAAAACAAAGAUGAAUCAAAGGUAAGCAAAAUUGGAAAGUCUGUGAUGAGCCUCAAAUGGGUGAAAGAACUACGUAAGAAAACUCAAAAAUGAUGAAAAUAUUGUGAUUGCAUUUAUUAUUUAUGAUGUCACCCUUGUCUAUUUGGAAUUUAAUUUGUUAUAAUGUAAUUGACAACUUGACGUUGGCCUUUUUUUGUGUUAGAAAAUUGGCUUAUUGAAGCAAAUGAAAUUCUACCUUCAUUUUCUUUGUUUUGUUUUCCAGAAUUUAUCAAUUAUUAUUUGCAAUUUUAUGCAGCUAUUGCCUUGAAUAUUGUUAAUUACAUGAUUAAUUUU